UCACCUCGAUCCCGCUCUCUCACUACCUAUACAUCCUCAACGGUUCCAUUGCCCAUACAACUCCCCGUCGCCACACCGCCAGCGACAAUGGCGACCCCGGUGAUUCCCGCGCGGGCCCUCAUCCCGUUUCUGGUGGCCAUGAUGCUGUUCACCGGCGUCUGCAACACCCUCCUGACGAAGUAUCAAGACAACCAAUGCGUCCGCAACUGCGACGACCCGGACCCGAGGCGGCGAAAGCACUUCGAGCAGCCGGUGAUCCAGACUCUGCAGAUGUUCAUCGGCGAGAUGGGCUGCUGGCUCGUCGUCGGCCUGCUCUCCCUCUUCCGGCGCUAUACCGGCUACCGCUCCUCGGCUUCCUCCGUGGCGUAUGACCCCAUUCCCACGACGGCGGACGACGACGAGAACAACCCGCGGACUGCAGCGGACAACGCCAGCAUUCGCUCCACCACCGCCCUCAACCCCAGCAACGACUGCCCCCGCCCAGACCACGAAGGCCCCUCGGUCCUCCGCGGCUGGCGCGUCACGCUCCUCGCGCUCCCGGCCAUCUGCGACAUCCUCGGCACGACGCUGAUGAACGCGGGCCUGCUGCUGGUGGCGGCCUCCAUCUACCAGAUGACGCGCGGCGCACUGGUGCUCUUCGUCGGCCUGUUCAGUGUCAUAUUCCUCAAGCGCCACCUGCACCUGUUUCAAUGGCUCUCGCUGGUGGGCGUGAUGCUGGGCGUGGCGGUGGUCGGCCUGGCCGGGGCGAUCCAGCCGGAUAAGAAGCAUGCCGACCUGGGGGAUGCCGGUAGUGGCGAGGAGGGUGUGGUGACGGCUGAUGCGCUCAGGGUCAUUGUGGGCGUGUUGAUGAUUGCCGGUGCACAGGUGUUCACCGCGACGCAGUUUGUGCUGGAGGAAUGGAUUCUUGAGAGGUCGGCGAUUGAGCCGAUUCGGGUUGUCGGAUGGGAAGGCCUGUUUGGAUGCCUCGUCACGUUCCUGGGAAUGGUGGUGCUGCAUGCGGCCAUCGGGAGGACGGAGGCCGGGAGGUACGGCCCGUUUGAUAUGGUUGAGGGAUGGCGGCAGUUCUGGGAGCACAGGACCGUGUUUGUGUCGAGCGUUCUGAUCAUGAUCAGUAUCGGCGGCUUUAAUUUCUUUGGCCUGUCGGUCACCCGCAGCGUCAGCGCCACAUCCCGGUCGACCAUUGACACCUGCCGAACCCUCUUCAUCUGGAUUGUCUCGCUCGGCUUGGGCUGGGAGACUUUCAAGUGGCUGCAGGUGGUCGGCUUCGCCCUUCUGGUCUACUUCACCUUCCUGUUCAACGGCGUCGUGCAACCGCCGUUCAAGUUCCUGCGCGUGCGUGAGGUCGAAGAGCUACUCCCCGAGGAGCCGGUCGAGCAUAUCUAGGCAGACAUGGUGUGUUGCCUCACAACCUGCGUAUAUGUGUAGCCUUGUACGAGCUCAAGGAUGUGCAUCCGCACGGAAGAGUACGAGGAAUGAAGCAGCUGUUCAGACCUGGUCGUGAUACAACGGUACAUAUCAGAUUGAUGGCGUUCCGGGCAGGUUUGGUUAAAGGUUUGGGUUUAUCAUCUGGUCGGGCAUAUUCAAGUCGGUCAUCCUUCACUUUUUCUUAUCUGAGGCUAGAAGAAGAACAAUCAACAUCUUCAAGUCAACGGGGAGUCCAAGGGACUGUGAUUCCCAUUCCUGCA